GGAAUGACCUAUUUAAAACCCCUCAAAGUUAUAAUAUCUUUCAAAUCUCGCCUUGUUUCACUCAUCUCCUACUUGACCCCCUGGGUCUGGCUGUACCGCAGUUGAAAGCUUGUCAUCAGUUGAGAGUUCGAAACCCAAUUACAGACACAAAACAAUAAUCAGAAACAGAAGGAAAAACUGAAAUUUCAAAACAUUUUCGUUUUCUGAAACGAAAAUGAUGGCAAAAUGCUAUUUUCAAUCUACUGACACCACCCUCUUAAAGAGCCUCGAUGGGCUUCGCCACCUCGCAGAAACGCGCCGUUUCAAGGCGUGGUUCUUGGAUCAAUUUGGGGUCCUUCAUGAUGGCAAACAACCUUAUCCUGGUUCAAUUCCUACAUUAGAAAAGAUAGCAACCACUGGUGCAAAAAUGGUGAUCAUAAGUAACUCUUCAAGGCGUGCUUCAACCACGGUGGAAAAGAUGAAGAGUCUUGGAUUUGAUACUUCUCUUUUUGCAGGCGCUAUCACUAGUGGAGAAUUAACACAUCAGUACUUACAAAGGAGAGAUGAUGCUUGGUUUGCAGCACUUGGAAGGUCUUGCAUUCACAUGACUUGGAGUGACCGGGGUGCUAUAUCCCUUGAGGGGCUCGGCCUUCAAGUCGUAGAGAAUGUAGAAGAAGCUGAGUUUAUUUUGGCCCAUGGUACUGAAGCUUUGGGGCUCCCUUCUGGAGAGGCACGUCCUACUAGUCUUGAGGAUCUCGAAAAAAUAUUGGUGCUUUGUGCAGCUAAGAAAAUUCCAAUGAUUGUAGCUAAUCCAGAUUAUGUGACUGUUGAGGCUAGGGCUCUGCGUGUUAUGCCCGGUACUUUGGCAUCAAAAUAUGAAAAGCUAGGAGGUGAAGUGAGAUGGAUGGGCAAGCCAGAUAAGAUAAUAUAUAUAUUGGCGAUGAACAUGGUUGGCGUUGAUGCUAGCAACUCCAUUGCUGUGGGCGAUUCCCUUCACCAUGAUAUUAAGGGAGCCAAUGCAGCUGGAAUCCAGUCGGUAUUUACCACUGGAGGAAUCCAUGCAAAUGAACUUGGACUAAACAGUUUCGGAGAAGUUGCAGAUUUAUCUUCUGUCCAAACUCUUUCAUCAAAAUAUGAUGCAUAUCCAUCAUACAUGUUACCAGCAUUCGUAUGGUAAAAUCUUAUGAAGGUAUGCAUGACCAAAUUCUUGUUCUAACGAUGUAAAAUUUUCUGUAAUCAAAGAGUACUGGUACUUGAAAGCAUUGUGAGACAAAAACUCUGAAUGGAGUUCAAGAUCACUGGUAUUCCGGCCAACCUUUCUUUUACCUUUAAAUGGUAACAUCUUGAUUCAGUUUCCAUAACCCAGAUAAUAUUUUGGUGUACUCUUCAUGGCUUUCCUUCAAUAUUGGAUGACAAGAAACCAAAUGUUUAAACUUGAAUAGUACUAGGGUUGAUAACAAUAAAAAAGACAGAAUUUGAUUUAAAUUAA